AUGUCGUCACCAGGAAAUGUUUUCAAAAUAACAGUCUGGUUGACUGGAGCGCUAAAAUCAGAGACGGCCAUGCUUGACACCGACGCUGAAUCGCAAGCCUCUGCAGAUGAUCUUGGCAGCAGAAUGUCGGAGCCCAAAAUUGCCCAGCAGUGGUCUUCAGAGGAAACAAGCGUGCUGCUUGCGAUAUGGUCAUCCACAGUGAUCCAGGAGCAAUUUCAGCACUACAAACGAAAGAAGAAAGUGUAUGAUCUGAUAAGCCAAAAGAUGGACGAUGCAGGCUUCAGUCGUUCAGCCUUACAAAUUGUAAACAAACUCAAAAAAAUUAAAAAAACUAAUGACAAUGCAAGUAAAACUACUAUUGAACAGAACAAUAAAAAAGCCAGGUAUGAUGUCAUGGAUGCUGUGCUGGAACACCACCUGACUGGGGCGUUGAAUUCAGCGACGGCAAUUCUUGAGAUAAAGACUGAAUCGUCAACGUCCUCUGAGGCCAAUAUUAACUGUUUCGCAGAAACUGAUGUGGUGCUGGACCAAGCCGAGUCGUCCUUCAGCCCUUCUCAGUCACAACCAAAAAGUUCUCCGAAAAGAACCAGAGUACGGAAAAUAGAUUCAAACCAGGAGCUACUGGAAUACUUAAAAGCAUCCGAUGAAUGCUUUAUGGAGCACGCCAGAGAACUUAAUACUGCUAUUCUUAAUAAAAUUGAUGAAGCUAAAAAUUCAAUGUUGGGACUACUGGAACGCAUGGUCGCAGUAAUGGAAGGACAGCCAGCAGGGAAACAAGCAAUGAAUAAAAAAUUAAACAAACCCUUUUGCAUUUAAAGUCAGAUUGAAAUCCAAAUGGACCCCCUUCAAACUACAUUCGUAAUACACUUUUUUUGUGCGGUGUUGCACAUUCAACAAAUCGCUUUGCCAACACUUCAAUGGUGUCACAAAAUGCAUUAUGGCAAAAUUGUUUGCUCCAGCUUUCUUUGAAUAUGUCUGCACACCAUGAAAAUCAAGCACCAUCUUCUGAAGAACAGCUGUGGAACAUAAUGGCAGUCAAUGAGGGCUCUAACCAAACCAGCUAUGUCCAAGUUCCAUGCCUGCACCCACCAUGGGCCAAAAUACAUGCAUUAUAUUAGGCACUAUAGGUUGUUUGACCUGAUUCUUCACCGAUUGCUCCUAGAAGGAUACGACAUACCUGAGCCCUGACUACCAGACAUUCUCAGUUCAGACUUUCAAAGCUUCAUCCUGAUGUAGUUUUUAAAAGAACACAUUUCUUUGACACACAUUUUUUGCGCAAGUAGACUUAACAUUACAUAUAUUAAACCAUAGGCAAGUUAA